GCGUUACGGGGCGUGGGAGCGACGUCUCUGGCGACGGGGACGGGCAAAGGGCGAAGGUCAAAGGUCAGCCGCCGGGUCGGACCCAGUUUCUGCGGGGCCAUGGCGGCGUCCGGGGAGCCCUGCAGGCCGGGGCGGGGAGAGGCGGCGGCCGUGGUGGUGGUGGGCUCCUGCAUGACCGACCUGGUGAGCCUUGCUCAUCGCUUGCCAAAAACUGGAGAAACCAUCCAUGGACAUAAGUUUUUCAUUGGCUUUGGAGGGAAAGGUGCCAAUCAGUGUGUCCAAGCUGCUAGACUUGGGGCAAAGACGUCCUUGGUGUGCAAGAUUCCACAUGAUUUGCUUAAGUGUUUCCUCCUCCUAAACAUCAAAAAGCUAACAGCUCAGGAGGGCCAUGUUGGAGUAAAGGGCUCAGACUGGAGUGACCCAGAAGCCCUGCUUUCCAUCCAAGUGGAAGGCAUGGCACAGGUUGGCAAAGACUCUUUUGGCAAUAACUACAUAGAAAAUCUAAAACAGAAUGAUAUUUCUACAGAAUUUGCAUAUCAGACUAAAGAUGCUGCUACAGGAACUGCUUCUAUAAUUGUCAAUAAUGAAGGCCAGAAUAUCAUCGUUAUAGUGGCUGGUGCAAAUUUGCUUUUGAAUACUGAAGACCUGAGGGGCGCAGUCAGUGUCAUUAGCAGAGCCAGAGUCAUGCUCUGCCAGCUUGAAAUCAGUCCAGCAACUUCUUUGGGAGCUCUGGCGAUGGCCCGCAGCAGCGGAGUGAAAACAUUGUUCAAUCCAGCUCCUGCCAUUGCAGACCUGGACCCCCAGUUCUACACCCUGUCAGAUGUGUUCUGCUGCAAUGAAAGUGAGGCAGAGAUCCUAACAGGCCUCACAGUGGGCAGCCCUGCUGAUGCUGGAAAGGCUGCAUUGAUGCUCAUGGGAAGGGGCUGCCAGGUCGUCAUUGUCACCUUAGGUGCCGGAGGAUGCGUGAUGUUGUCACAGACAGAACCCACCCCCAAGCACAUUCCCACCGAGACAGUCAAGGCUGUGGACACUACGCCUUCCAGACUUGUUUUCUCUGUAUACUCGUGCAACAGUAGAGGACCAGCGCAUGUCACCGUGGAAAGUCUCUACAACAGGAAACCCUGACGCUGCUCAGGAAUGAGGAUAAGUGGCAGCUCAGUCAGUUUACUGAGGAAGAAACCCAAAAGCUAAGAAAAUAAGAUAAUGGUCAAAUUCACAAGAAAUCAGGAAUAUGCAAAGCAAAACAGCUGUGAGACACCCCCCCCUUUAUUGCCCAUCAGGUCAGUAAGAAACAAAGUUCAAAGCAAGGUCAAAGUUCAAGCAAGUGGAAGCACGUGGUGUGAGGUGGAAGGCAGCCCUGGGUGCUGAGCACAGGACAGAAGGCACGCACUCUAGUGUCACUGGUGGGAGUGUAAAUUCCUGCAACCUUUUCAGAGAGCCAUUUGAACACGCCAGUUUUGAAAAUACACUUGCCCUUUGACUUCAUAAA